UACCGGAACUCUUUCUAGAGACAGCAGUCUCAAUUUGAUAUGUGUGGAAAUUCAUAAAUGUUAUUAAUACUACGUUUUGUGUAAAAAUUCACGUCUGUGUGUUGUACAGCACGCGCAGAUUAUGAGAGCACGAGAGGAAGGUGGUCAGCACCGCACGAACUGAGUUACCCUGAGUCAUCUAUAUGGGCCAUCUUCUUUCGAAAAAUGGUAACCGCGGUAACCGCCUGAAGAAGAGGAAACGGAAGCUGCUGAAGAGGAAGAAGAGGAACUGCUUCCUGCAGGGGCCCUGCAUGCUGUGCUUCAUCGUCCACGGCAACAGCGGUAGCCUCGACGACGACCAGCUCGAGAACAGCGCCUCCAAACUCGCCGAGCGCUACGCUGCGCUGAGCUCGCCCGAGGACUGCGCCAAGUUCCUGCUGUCGCCGCGGGAGCUCGCCAUCUGGGAGGGGCAGGGGAAGGGCCUGCUGUCCGCCGUGCCCGCCAAGCUCAUCGGCCCCCAGGCGCUGUUCCGCACUGCGGCCACGCCCGCCUGCGAGUACUCGGAGAUGGUGUGCAAGCGGAAGUGCGCGGAGAUGCAGCGGUGUGGCCCCUGCAAGCAGCCGCGCUGUGCCUUACAGGAAGUGAUGGAGAACGGGGGCGGGGCCGGGGAUGCCUCUGCCUCGCACUGCCACCUCCCCCUCUGCCCCCUGCCCUCCUCCUCCUCCUCCUCGUCCUCGUCCUCCUCUUCCUCCUCCUUGUCGGAGGGCGUGUCCGGGGUGGGGCUGCAGACAGAUUCCAUUGAGAGCCCCGGCAGUACAGGCAGCACGUCCGCCACACCCCAGAGCCCCUCCCCCACCUGCCCCCACGCCCUCGCCGACACCCCCGGCGACACGACGGACAACUCCAGCAUCAACCACCUGCCCUCCUCCAUCCUGCUGAAGGUUUUUUCACAUCUCUCUGUGAAGGAGCGAUGCCUCUGUGCCUCGCUGGUCUGCAAGUACUGGCGAGACCUCUGUCUGGACUUCCAGUUCUGGAAGCAGAUUGAUCUCAGUGGCCUACAACAAGUGACGGACGACCUCCUGGUGAAGAUCUCCUCCUGGAGGCAGAACGUGACGGAGAUCAACAUCUCGGACUGCCGGAACGUGCAGGACCUGGGCGUGUGCUCGCUGGCGUCCCACUGCCCCGGGUUGCUGAAGUACACGGCGUACCGCUGCAAGCAGCUGAGCGACCUGUCCCUCAUCACCAUCGCCACCCACUGCCCCCUCCUGCAGAAAGCCCACGUGGGCAACCAGGACAAGCUGACCGACGAGGCGCUCAAGAAGCUGGGGGAGUGCUGCCCGGAGCUGCGGGACGUCCACUUCGGCCAGUGCUACAACAUCAGCGACGCUGGCAUGGUGGCGCUGGCCCAGGGCUGCCCCAAACUGCAGAGAAUCUACAUGCAGGAGAACAAACUGGUGACGGAUAAGUCGGUGCGGGCAUUUGCCGAACACUGUUCAGAGCUGCAGUUUGUGGGCUUCAUGGGCUGCUCUGUGACCUCUCUCGGGGUCAUCCACCUCACCAGGCUGAAGAACCUGAGCAGUCUGGACCUGCGGCACAUCUCGGAGCUGAACAAUGAGACGGUGAUGGAGGUGGUAAGGCAGUGCCGGAGCCUCAGUUCCCUGAACCUCUGCCUCAACUGGAGCAUCAAUGACAGGUGUGUGGAAAUCAUAGCCAAGGAGGGCCGCAGUCUGAAGGAGCUCUACCUGGUCUCCUGCAAAAUCACAGAUUACGCCCUGAUAGCCAUAGGCCAGUACAGCACCACCAUUGAGACGGUGGACGCGGGAUGGUGCAUGGAGAUCACAGACCAGGGUGCCACCCAGAUCGCCAAGAGCAGCAAAUCCCUGCGCUACCUGGGGCUCAUGAGGUGUGACAAGGUGAACGAGGAGACCGUGGAGAGACUGGUGCAGCAGUACCCCCACAUCGUCUUCAGCACUGUCAUGCAGGACUGCAAGCGCACGCUGGAGAGGGCCUAUCAAAUGGGCUGGAACCCCAACAACAGCACUGCAUCAUAGCCCCACUGCUGCACACACUCACACGCACACUCACACUGAUGCACACACUCUCAUACACACACGCUCAAACACUCGCGCAUACAUGCUCUCAUACAUAUGUACUCACACUGAUGCUCUCAUACAUACAUACUCUAGUACACACACGCACACACACACACACACACACACGCUCAUACACUUACACUGAUGCCCUCAUAAUCACGUGCAUACUCUCUAUCAUGCACGUGAGUGCGCACACACCCACCCUCACACACACACACACACACACACACACACACACACACACACACACACGCAGUCUCUCUCACACAAACACACACGCCUGUAGCAUCUCCCACACAUCUUUGAACUCUGUAAAUCUGUAGUGUUUUUUAAACCCUCAAACUUUUGCUCCUUUCAGUUUUGAUUUCUGGUCUAAAGAAAUCUUUACUUUGGUUUUAUGUUUAUACACACAUACACACACAUACACACACACACACACACACACACGCCCCGCCGCAGUGAUUGUCCUUACUCUGCAGAACACUGAAGUGUACAAUUUCCAGAACGACUUUCCCGCUCCCCUCCUGUUUCCUACUCCAGCUGAUCUGAGAACAGCCUGAAAACAUGGAACCUGGAAGAUUACUGGCGUCCCAUUAGGAGCAUAAAAGCGAACUUCUCAGACAUCAUGGAACUCAUAGGAAAUGCCCCUGCUCUCUUUCUCCUCAUCUUUAAAGCUGUUCAGAGAUUGUUACCAUCUUCAGAUUUGCAAACAGGUGUUCCACUUUUCUUCAGGAGGUGACCCUUAAACCACGAGAGAACUCCUUUGAGGCUGAAUUGUCCUUGUAUUCUUAAGUUGACUCCUACGUUUAAUAUUCACCACUGUCUCAAUAGGCUCAAAUAAACAGUAAGGCAUGUUUUUCAUGAGCGGUCUUUCAGCACUGAACGCAUCCGCAUUCAAGAUGUCCAUCCCUUCCAUCUAAGACCGCCGUUGCAUUUGGGAGUUUUUGGCAAAUGUUUGGGUCUGUAAUACUUUAGUUGUUACCAUAAAAAAUAAGGGGUAAAAAUAUUUUGUAAUACCUUCUAAUCUGUUUUGUCAGAAAAAACAGUUUACUAUUGCAGUUAUGUAAUAUAUAGUUUGGAUUUGGUCAUUUGGUUGUACGAUAACUUACAGGGGUUCCGUGCAGGUAUGUACUGCAUGGAAUUUUACACAACACAGCGCUGGAAUCAAUCAGCAAGUGUCCUGAACUUUAACCCCUGAUCAAAUGCAAGUGUUUAUUUCAAUUGUGUUUAUUUAAACACAGUUCAGCAAGUAUGGUCAUCACUGAAACAUGAUUUGUGUUUUUAUAGAAAAAAACACUUGGAUAUAUUUGGCAGUCAGAGUUAAGGUCAAAUGUUGAUUGAGUCCCAGCCACAAUAUAUGAACGUAUAUAUAGUAUAUGUACAUAUAUACAAUUUUAGUUGUAUAGCACUGCAUUUCUAUCUGUUAGCAAUAGAACAGAAAGGACGGAGUCAGGCCUGUGAAAAAGCGCAUCAUUUUCCUCUGUCCUUACCUUUGUAUUCUAUUGCCAGUCAGUGGUAUACUCUUAUGCAAAUAAGCAGGGUAUUUUUCUAUGGUGUGUAAUAUCAGAACCUGUUCAGAAGGAGAGAAAAGAAAGGCCUCAGUACCGAUGAACAUGUUUCACACUUUAAGCUUUUCAAUCAAUUAAAAAUGCAUUAUGUCUACCGUAUUUUGUGACUAGUAGAAUAUUU